AUGCUUGUGUUAAGCAAGAUUGACUAUGCUUUGAUAAUUUAUGGCAAUAGCUGCAAAUAUAAUAUCAACAUCCUUAAACCGGUCUAUCACCAAGCCGUUAGAGCAAGUUGUUAUGCUUUUCGGACGACGCCCAUAAAUAAUAUUAUAAUUGAAACUGGUCUCCCAACUUUAGAAAAUAGACUGUAUGAGUUAAAAGCUAAAAUAGUCCCUAAGAAGUAUGCUGCUUCUGCUCCUCUAAUUAUGGAUGAUGUCAUGGAAAAGUUGUGGCUUCAUAACGAUUCUGAUGUGGAAAAAAUAGGCAAAAUAGAUGCUGGUAUCGAUGAUAAGAAUGAAGAUGAUGAUGAUUUGGACGUUAAACACGACGAUAAUAGUAGUGUUGUAUUUACGUUAUCUUGUUGUUUGUCAUUACUGCGCGGAGCGUCCCUGUUUCUAGACGUAAUCGUACCUUAA